GCCAUCUUCAACCGUUGGAUGUGGGAGUUCUUAACUAGCCAACAUUUCACUCCAUACAACAUAACCAGUCGGACUGCCUCUUCACAACUUACCUUUAAGCUUAGGAGGAAUCUUUUUAUCACAAGGCUCCCGAAGCGAGCCUCCAUUUCAAUCACCCGACAGUAAUACGGUGCAGGACAUCCUCGUCAAUCUCUCUAUUCUCCUGAAUCAUAGACCCAAGAUUUUGAAACUAUCUCUCUUCCGAAUGGUCUGAGAAUCCAACUUCACUACCACGUCAGUCUCAUGCGUCAAAUCACUGAACUUACACUCCAAGUACUCCGUCUUGGUCCUACUCAACCUAAACCUUUUCGACUCUAGGUCUGUUUCCAGACCCCUAACUUAUCAUUAACACUUCUCUGGGUCUCGUUAAUAAGCACUACAGUAUCAACAUAUAACAUACACCAAGGCACCUCCCCUUGAAUAUGUCGUGUUAAUAUAUCCAUUACCAUGGUGAAUGGACUAAGAGUCGAUCCUUGGUGCAACCCUGUCAAAAUAGGAAAUACUCUGAAUCUCCUCUUUUCGUCCUCACACAAGUCUUUGCUCUAUUGUACAUAUCGUAGAUUGACCUAGUGUAUGCCACAGACAUACCUCUAACCACCAAGCACCUCUACAGAACCUCCCCGGAGACUUUGUUGCACGCUUUCUCAAGAUUGAUGAACACAAUGUGCAAGUCCUUCCUCUCCCUAUACUGCUCCCAUGAUCUCCUUACAAGAUGAAUAACUUCAUUAGUCGAGCGACCGGACAUGAAAUCAAACUGAUUCUCUGAAAUAGUCACGAUCCUCAUCAGCAUCAACUACCACUCUUUCCCAACCCUUCAUAGUAUGUCUCAACUAUUUGAUACCUCAAUAGUUGUUGCAACUUUGAAUGUCUCCCUUGUUCUUAUAUAAUGGAAUCAUUAUACUCCAUCUCCAAAUUUCCGACAUCUUCAUUGUCCUAAAAAUGAUGUUAACAACCUUGUCAGCCACUCCAUACCUGCCCCGCCAGUGCUCUUCCAAAAAUCCAUCGGAAUCUCGUUUGCCCCGGUCGCCCUAUCCUUACGUAUCCUACGAAAUUCAAAUUUGACCUCCUCAACCUUAAUACGCUUACAAUAAUCGUAAUCGUAACACCUCUCUGAGUGCUCCAAGUUCCCCAGUACUAAACCUUUGUCCCUCUCAUCGUUCAAAAGUCUAUGAAAAUAAGAUUGUCACCUACUCCUAAUGAGGGCGUCAUCCACAAACACUUUGCCAACCUCUCCCUUGAUACACUUCUCUUGGUCAAGCUCAUAGUCCCUCCGCUCCCUAGCCCUGGCAAGCCUAUACAACUUCUUAUCCCUACCUUUCUCGUCUAAAGCCGCAUACAAGCUCUUGAAAGUUGUUGUCUUAGCCACCGUAACCGCUAACUUAGCCUCUUUCCUAGUUAACUUAUACUCAUCCCAUUCGUUCACUUCUCCUCUUCAUCUUUGCUCUCCACCAACUUCACAUAAGCCACCUUCUUAUACUCCACCUUCCUUUUAACUUCUUCGUUCCACCACUAGUUCUCCUGGGGCUUGCCAGAUCAACCUCUCGAAACACCUAACACCUCCCUAGCUGUCUCUCUGAUGCAAUUGGCAGUUGUCUCCCAUAUACUGUUCACAUCCCCUCUACUCUCCCAAGCCUCCAUAGUCGUCAACUUCUCCCCUAUCUCCAAAGCAAUGACCACAUUCCUCUUCUUUCUGCCCUUAUUGACUUUCAAGUCCAUCACUAGAAGCUUAUGUUGGGUUGAAAGAUUCUCGCUAGGUAUGACCUUAUAGUCUUUACAUAGUGCUUUAUCACCCUUCAUAAGGAGUAAAAAGACUAUUAUCGAACUACGAAAUGCAAUAAGGUGCUCCUCUUUCUUCGGAAAGCUUGAAUUUGCUACCACCAAACCAAUUGCCCUAGCAAAAUCCAAAAGUGAGGCUUCUCCAUCAUUCUUUUCCACAAAACUGAACCCUCCAUGCACAUCAUCAUAGACUUUUGAUAAUGACCCAAUAGGACCAUUGAAACCACCUCCUACGAAAAGCUUCUCGGUGCUCGUAACACCUCUCACCAUCUCAUCCAAAAUCUCCCAAAAACACUUCUUCUCUUUCUCAACCAAGCCCAUGUGCGAAGCAUACGCACUAAUAGCAUUUCGUGUAAACUCUCCAAUGACCAACUUAAUUAACAUCAACCUAUCGUUGACCUGCUUAACCUCCACCACCUGCCCCCUAAGCUUUUUAUCUACUAAGAUACCUACCCCAUUCCUAUGCCUCACGCUACUAGAGUACCACAACUUAUACCCGUCCACAUCCUUCGCCUAAGACCCUACCCAUUUGGUCUCCUGAACAUAAGCUAUACUAAUCCUCCUCUUGUUAAGAAUCUCCACGAGCUCGAUGGACUUACCUUGAAGAGUUCCUAUGUUUCAGGACCCAACUCUCAACCUGUAGGCUCCCUUAUCCCACUUAACUCUACUAUCCUUUAUCCCUAACCUCGAGAUCGACCUUAACCCAAACCCGUACCUAAACCCCGACCUCACCUUGGACCCUUAUCCCGACCUCAACCUCGACCUAUGACAUGACCCUAGUCUACCAUCGACCAUCAAAACCCAUUACUCAAUAAGAGAAGAACAUAAGAAGGCGCUCAAACACGUUAGACUAAAAAAACAAAUAAGCAAGGCUUAAAAAGAAAUGGUGGUUAAUAGCGAAUGAAAUCAGUAAUGAAGUGUGAAGCUGUGUCAACUAUAUGCUUAGGAAAACAAUCAGAAAUCUAUACGAAAGAAUCAAGAAGCAACAGCCUAUGCCAAAAGCAAUAAAACAAAUAUACUAUGGCACCAGUUUUGAAAAAUGCAAACAACGAAAGGAAUUAACCAAGAACUCGACAAAUGACAAGAUAAUAAGCAAGAAGAUAUUGAAAUUAAAGUCGUAAAGCCCCGUAAAUUUUGAACAUUUAUUUGGACCAAUUGAAACCUUAAUGAAGCGCAUAAGUGACACAAGUUAGACUUGGUUAUAUGUUGUAGGAACAAAUAAAAUAUAUAUGAACAUCAAAGGAGUAUAAUCUGCUGGAGCAAGUCCACUUAAGUGAGUACAUAAAUGACGGUUUGAAGGGUGAAUCCUAAGUAAUCCUUUACCUCUUAAUUUGGUAAUAUAAUUGAGGAAGCAUUGCAACAUAUCUACUAGUAUAGUUGUUGCUUCUGGUCUUGUUGUACAACAUGAUAUGGAAAAAAGAUGUAAAAUUGGAAAAUGGAAUUGACUUUUGAAGUGGAAAGACAGCUGAACAAUUGGCCUUAAAUCAGCCAUGUGAAGGUUUGAAUCGUUACAUAUAUUUGAUGGGAUUUAUGAGGCAAGCCGGCUGCAAUGGGGCGGGGGAAUUAUGAAUGGCCUUAUUUGGUAUUUUACUUAGGGACAACAGGUAGGGGAUGAGUCUAUUACUCCCUAUUUCAUGAAAGGAAUGAUAUAUUGGGAUUAAGUCUGAGACGGUGUGGAUGAUCCCAAACACUAUUUUAUAAAGGAAAAAUCAAGUUUUUUGUUGGGUAAAAAUAGAGAUGUACGAAGGAAGGAAGCUCUUUGCCUCUCCAUUUCAUUUUCUGUAUAAAGAGAACCUCGGAAGAGGAAGUAGAAACCAAGAAUCUACUUGGUCAUCUGGGGAAAAUCGCAGCUCUCACUCUCAACACCACUCAUUUAAAUGGAUUAACAUGCAGAUACAAUUCUGUGCAUCUGUUGUUCUGCUAAUAAGAAAGUCAAAUGGAGUGGCUAGCAAUCAUCGUUACAAUGGUUGUGCUGUGGGUGGCUUCACUCUUUAAAAUUCUCCACGAAUCUUUCUCUGCCUCACAAGUUGAAGUUUUGAAUGAUGGUGGAGGUUUUUGCAAGAGAAAUGUGUUGUUGGUUAUUGCCCAUCCUGAUGAUGAGUCUAUGUUCUUUACUCCAACCAUUAAUUAUUUGUCUUUGAGAGGAUGUAAUCUGCACAUAUUAUGCAUGUCAACCGGUAAUGCAGAUGGUAUAGGGAAUAUCAGAAAAGAAGAACUUUGUUUAGCCUCGACUGUGCUUAAGGUUCCACAAAAGCAAGUGAAAGUCCUUGACCAUCCAGAUCUACAGGAUGGUUUUGGCAAAUCAUGGAACUCUAAGUUACUGUCAAAGAUUAUCAAGGAGGAAAUUGUCAAUUGCGCAAUUGAUUUGGUCAUAACUUUUGAUAAUUAUGGAGUCUCCGGUCACUGUAACCAUCAAGAUGUUCAUCAAGGUGUACGAGAACUAUUGCAAGAUACUUCACAUAAAGAAGUUGAGGUCUGGGAACUUGUUAGCACUAGCAUAUUGCGCAAGUACAGCGGACCAGUUGACAUAUGGUUGUCCCUCCUAUCUGCCAAGUUCCAUUUUAAGUGGAGUGGUGCAUUGCUUUCUAAAUGAAUAUCCCAGAAGGAGCUUAGCUGCAAUGGCUCAGCACAAGAGUCAAUGGGUUUGAAUAUGCUUAUUGAGCCAAGGGUCUAUCGGAAAGAGGCUCUGAGGUAGAGGUAAGGUUCGCGUAUACUCUAAUCUCCCCAUACCCCACUUGAUGGGAUUAUAUUGGGUAUUGUUGUUGUAUUCUUGUUAGUGUGCCUCCCGGCGACCUGUACGUUGCCUUCAGACAAUUAUUCCUUUUGAAAGUUUUGGGUCCCUUCAAGUAACAAAAUUGUUUUAACCAACCACAAAAUCAGAUUACUCAAGAAGCUGGACUCUAAACUUUAAAACAUCAACUGAUUUAUUGAUCUCUGAUUUACUAAAUACAACACAGCCAGUAAAUUUUCACAAAGAGGGGGUAAAGUGUUUGCAGUCCGUACAAUUACGUUAGAGGUGAGAUAGAGAUUGUUUUUGAAAGACCUCUGGCUCAAGACUAAAUACAAAAAGAUCUAAGCCUUGAAUGAACCUCAUGAAAGCUUGGUACAAUUCAUUGAAUAAUCUUUAGUGCAUAAUCCCGAGUAAUAUCAUAUGUGGUUAUUAGUUUUGAUGCGUAGACCAAAUAAUACAAACAACAACAAGAUUGUUCUGGGAUCAACGGGGACUUCCAUCUCACAUUGUAGUGUUUCUGUUGGCUUAUACAAACACUGCAAAAAGAAGCUACAAGUUAUUUUAGCUUUAAAACAUUUAAAAUAAAUCAAUUCAAAUGGGCUCUUAAUCAAUUUUUUUUUUUGCGAUUCAAAAAUCCUAUAGCUUUAAUAAGGUUUAUGUGAUUAUCCCUUUCUUCAAGAGUUUGUUUCAAUUUUCAGCCACGCAAAUGCAAUUUCUUUGUUAUUUUUUGUUUCCCAAGGUAUCCGCCAGUCGUGAGACUAAUCCUCCGUUCCUCGGUCAGCGCAUUUUGCAACAGGAAACUGGUCAUAGAGUUUGCUCCAUUCGCCAAAGGCGGGGAUUGAACCUCCGACCUCUUGCUUAAGGGACAUAGCGCUGAACCACUAUGCCAACUCUGGUGGUUAAAUGCAAUUUCUUUGCUCAUUAAUAAGUAAUACUUAGUAUUUUGAACAUGAAGUUCUAAUUCGUGCAAUUGUCCUCUUGAAGACAUUUUCUAUUUCUCGCAACUUAUUCUUUUGAAAACAUUUCUUUAAGAAAA